UAUCGAGUACAAGUAAGCAUGGUUUCUUCUCUGUCAUUUUCUUACCUAGCAAUCAUUUCUCUAUUAUUUUAUCAUUCAUAUUUUUCAUCCAUUGAAGCCCAAAAUGAUGGGUUAACCGUGAAACUAUUUCGAAAAACCUCUUUCAAAUAUAUACCAAAUAUUAUACAGGCACCUAUACAUGCUCAUAUUGGUCAGCAUCUCAUGGAGGUGUAUAUUGGAACUCCACCAAUAAAAAUAUAUGGUAUUGCAGAUACAGGAAGUGAACUCAUAUGGACUAAUUGUGUGCCCUGCGAUGGAUGCUACAAACAAAUCAAUCCUUUGUUUGAUCCUAAAAAAUCUUCCUCUUAUAUCAAUGUUUCAUGUAAUUCUUCUCACUGUAAUGACCUUCACUUACAUGAGUGUUCUCCUGAGAACUAUUGCAGUUAUAACUAUGGCUAUGCAGAUAGUUCUGUUACUCAAGGAGUUCUCGCACAAGAAACAGUUACCUUAACAUCAAACACAAAUAAAUCAGUCGCCAUUAAAAAUAUUCUUAUUGGUUGUGGACAUAAUGAUACGGGAACUUUCAAUGACCAAGAAAUGGGUAUAAUUGGUCUUGGAAGAGGACCAAUGUCACUCAUUUCUCAAAUAGGUCCUUUAUUUGGAGGCAAGAAGUUUUCUCAAUGUUUGGUUCCAUUUGACACUGAUAUUAAAAUUGCAAGCAAAAUGAGUUUUGGAAAAGGUAGUGAAGUAUCAGGGGAAGGCGUGGUUACAACACCUAUGGUUAUAACACCAAACCCAGUUUCAUAUUUAGUUACAUUGCUAGGUAUUAGUGUGGAAGAUACAUAUUUUCCCUAUAAUUCUAAAGGGGAUGCUUCAAAGGGUAAUAUGUUGAUUGAUUCAGGGACACCGCCAAUUUAUAUGCCUAAUGAUUUGUAUGAUAGAGUGGCUACUGAAAUAAGAAACAAGAUUUCAAUGAAACCCAUUAUAGAUGAUCCAAGUUUAGGUACUCAACUUUGUUAUCAAACGAAUACUAAUCUUGAUGGGCCAAAUCUUACAUUCCAUUUUGAAAAUGCAAAUGUAGUUUUAACACCAAUCCAAAUAUUCGUUCCGCCAAGAGAUGGUGUUUUCUGCUUGGCAAUAAAUAACCAAACUGAAGAGGAAGGCAUUUAUGGUAAUUUUGCACAAUCAAAUUAUUUGAUUGGGUUUGAUAUAGAGAAAGAGUUGAUUUCUUUCAAGCAAAUGGAUUGCAUCAAACAUUAAAGGCUAAUCAAGUUCAAAUCAUGUAUUAGUAUAAAAGUUUUUCAUACUAGAUAGUACUUGAUCUUGUUUUAAUAAUGAAUUAUGGUUUAAG